AAUUCUGGUGAGGCUGGUUGACCGGAAGUCGGUUUGGUUAGCGCUGGUUCACGUUACUUGAAGAACACUAAAGAAUAGGAGGAAAAGCAGCAGCUACCUAGAAGGACACAGGCUGUUUUUUUUAAUUAAGGAUAUUCCAAAUCAAGAAAACGUCCAAACUAAAGAAAGCAGCAGUUUAUCCGUCCGACAUCAACAGCUCUGAUACAGCGGCCGUGGAAUGUGGUUGUCUACAGGUGAGUUCUUUUCUGCCUGGUAGUAGUGACGGGCACGUGGCAGGCAUCCCAUGAGCUUAGUGUCAGCCUGACCUGAGCGCUGUGGGCCCGGGCCUGUUUUCUCUGGAUCAGUGCAGUGAUGGAUCACCCCAGAGAUAAAGAAGGCGAGAGGGCGGCGAGGAGCAGCAAAGUGGCCCAGGGACGCAGCGGACACUCGCGGCCUUCCAGCUCCUCCGCGUCCUCUGGCGUCCUCAUGGUGGGGCCGAACUUCCGCGUGGGCAAGAAGAUCGGCUGCGGAAAUUUUGGGGAGCUAAAACUCGGAAAGAACCUCUACACAAACGAAUACGUUGCUAUCAAACUGGAACCUGUGAAAUCCAGAGCACCACAACUGCAUUUGGAAUACCGGUUUUACAAGACAUUAGGGAGCACAGCGGAAGGCCUGCCCCAGGUGUACUAUUUUGGGCCAUGCGGGAAAUACAAUGCCAUGGUGCUGGAGCUGCUCGGCCCCAGUCUGGAGGACCUCUUUGACCUCUGUGACCGCACCUUCUCCCUCAAGACCGUCUUAAUGAUUGCCAUUCAGCUGAUCUCCCGCAUGGAGUACGUACACUCCAAGAACCUCAUCUACAGGGAUGUGAAGCCAGAGAACUUUCUCAUUGGACGACAAGGGAAUAAAAAGGAGCACAUCAUUCACAUCAUAGACUUUGGCUUGGCCAAAGAAUACAUCGACCCUGAAACCAAAAAACACAUUCCUUACCGGGAGCAUAAGAGCCUGACGGGCACAGCGCGAUACAUGUCUAUAAAUACGCACUUGGGGAAAGAGCAAAGUCGACGGGAUGACCUCGAAGCCUUAGGUCACAUGUUCAUGUACUUCCUCCGAGGCAGCCUUCCAUGGCAGGGACUAAAGGCCGACACGUUAAAAGAGAGGUAUCAAAAAAUCGGAGACACAAAGCGGAACACUCCUAUCGAAGUUCUCUGUGAGAACUUUCCAGAGAUGGCUACGUAUCUGCGCUACGUCCGACGGUUGGAUUUCUUCGAAAAGCCAGACUACGAGUACUUGAGGACCUUGUUCACUGAGCUGUUUGAACGCAAAGGAUACACGUUUGAUUACACGUACGACUGGGUGGGCAGGCAAAUCCCCACGCCGGUCGGAUCCGUGCACGUGGACUCCGGGGCGUCGGCCGUGACACGUGAGAGCCACACACACAGAGACAGACCUUCUCAGCACCAACCGCUAAGGAACCAGGUUCCCCAUUGGUUUCCAUUGCCCUGCAUGCCACCUGCUCACGCUCGCUCGCCUCCUCCACGCCUCCUCCCCUCGCUCCUGUGCCUCCUCCGGCCCGACCAGACGGCCUCCUCCGACCGCAGAGGAGCAUGGGAGGUGCAGCCCAACCGGCAGGCCAACUCCUACCUGACCUCCCACCUGGCGUCGGACAGGCAUGGAGGCUCAGUGCAGGUGGUCAGCUCUACUAACGGCGAACUGAACGCAGACGACCAGCAGGCCCACUCCAACGCUCCCAUUACAGUGCAGGCGGAGGUGGAAGUGGUGGACGAGGCUAACUGCGUGAAAAUGCUCAACUUGUGGUGCUGCUGCUUCUUCAAGCGGAAGAGGAAAAAGAACACCGCCCGGCACAAAUGAUCUGCUCCACCCGCUCCACUCAGCCCAUUUUAAGAACGUUCAAUAAAGAAAUUUUAUUCAAAAGAAGACAACAAUGCCCUCAAAAUGAAUCGCCUCAAUGGGACCUGCGUGUGCGUGUGUGUGUGUGUGUGAAUGUGUGUGUGAGAGAGGGAGAGAAACAUGCACAUAUCGUGUGAAGCGGAUGCAGGACUCGUGGACGGUUUCCUUGUAUCGGAAUAUACACACACAAACACACUUAUUCGGAUCUCUAAGCACUGGAACAGCAUUGCACUCCAUGUUUUUUUUUUUCUUCUUUUUCUUUUUCUUUUUCUCCCCGUUUUCCACCCAACACCCCAUCCAUCUUUGAGGGAGCUCUCCAUUGUUCUGCCUUUGUGACAGACCCAGCAGCUCAAGAAGGAUUUUUUGGAGAGAGUCACUCCUCAAACAGAGGAGCUUCAUCCACACUGGAGUUCGUAUAUAUCGAUCCAUCGCACCACCUGCUAGCUUUUCACUUCUUUUCUUUGUAUUUUCUGCUCCUCCUGACUUUGCGGUCAGAAAUCUGAAAUUUUGCUAGCAGAGUUUGUGUUUCUAUUGGACCGAGUCAGCUUAAACAUCGUAAAAAAACAAAAAGAAAAGGAAAAAAAAAAAAAAAACACCACCAUGCUAAUUGUCUUAACACAACAAAGCUAACAGGCCUUUCCUUGUGGAAUCUGUAAAUGUGUGAAAUAAGCAGCCAAGUGUAAAGUGACAGCGUUGUACUCAUGGCCUUCGACCCUCGUGCUGACGCGAUGUGCUACCUGGCUCUGUUCGAAGGGGACAAGAGAGCGUCCAGGUCCGACGCUCAGUUCCAUGGGCGAGAGCCUCAGCACAUUCCCCAGUUCUACUGAAUGCUAUUUAAGCUGCUUGUUCUAAAGCACUCCACCCACUCCGACCUGCCAGCCAGCCAGCCAUGCUGCUUUCCCCUCUUGUGAUAUGGUAUCGCUUUAAUGUUAAACCUGACUUUUCUAUUAGCUGGGAUUCAGAGCUGAACUCGCCAGGGAGACGCUCCGUGGUUCUCUUUGUAUGAAAUGUUCUCACCGCGUUUAUUUGAUUUUUUUUUUUUUCCCCUAGUAAGCAUUUUAUUUUUCUGAACCCAGUCCCUGAUUUGAACGUGGCAUUUCUUAUAUGGUCUUUUUUACAUUAUUAUUAUGAUUAUUAUGAUUAAUAUGCCAUAUGAAUGGAAGCGAUUGCCGAAGAGAAGAAUUAUUUAAUGUGCCAGGGUGGAAUCCGGUCAGUCUACGAGAGACUGAACAUUCUUUUAUGUCCCUAUAGUAUGCAUUUCUUCACGCCAUGCGUUUGUGUCUAUAUGAACAGAGCGUCAGAACGGUAUAACGGUUAAUAGGAAGCUUGCUAACGUUCGUAAAGUGUAAUAAUGACUGUUUAUGAAGUGUUUUCUUGCCUCGUAGCAGUUUCAGUGGGUAUUCAUGAUCAGUGUCCGAUCCAGAUGAAUUAUUUUUAUUUAUUUUUUUUUAAAGGGAACAUGCAAACAUGAUGGUAACUCGAAUGCUGACUUAGAGAGACUUUCAAACUGCCACUGCUAAUUAUCCUCAUCUUAAUGCCUUAACUAACACUAGAUAAGCAGGGCUGCGGUUCUGCGUUAAGACACUACAGAACUCCUCUCGACUUUUGUUCACGUAGUACUCUCGGUCCCUCUUAUAAGUAAUAUUUCAAACAAACAAACAAACACUCGGAUCCGAAUUAAACCGGUGACUGCUGGGAAUCGCUGGGUGUCACGUCACUUUUCCAAAGCAGUCGUAAGCGGCUCCAUCACGGGCAGGCCUGUGAUCUCUUAGCUGUAGGAUGAGGCCACUGUUAGAGCCCAUUUAAAAAAAAAAAAACGAUUUUAGUAUCUAGCUUCAGUUCUGGAAAGCUUUAACACACCUGAUUUAACCAGUGAAAGGUCUGGCGUGCGAAUCUGAAUCAGGUUUGUAAAACAGUUUGGUGCUCCAGAAACGGAGUUAGAGAAUCCUUUCGUUAAUUUAUCGUACCUACGGUGAAACCCCACCCCAUCCCCAACCCCGAAAAGUGGGUUAGUGGCCCAACCCAAAGCCACCCCCCAAUACCCCAUAGUGAGUCCUUGCCUUUUUUUUGUGUGAUUUUUAAAUGUAUAGUAAAUGUGAAUUAAAAUGUAUAAGAAAUUAUAUAACCUCUAUUUUUUUUUAAUUUUGUUUGUUUCCUUACCUGGCCAUACAGAAUUUGGAGAGAGAGAAAUCAUGGAUAAACAUGAACUGCACUACACUUUCACUACCUUUAGUCUCCUGUCCUCUUCUACACGGUUGCAUUUUUAAAGUUCUUUAGCCAAUUUGAGAAACCGGUGAGUUACGAGCUUUGAAUUGACCACUAAUAAUCUUUCUAGAAAAUUCCAGUCAAGUCGCAGAACUAACGGUGACACAAAAUACAGCGUGGACUGUAAAGGAAACGGGACUCGCUUUAAGCGUAUCGGACCAAAAGAACAGCGAGAUGAUCUCGAUCCAGAUCGGCCCGAAUCCGUCGCUUGAUUUCUGACGACUCGCGGUUAAGGGUCUGCGUAUUUCAAAGAACGCACCCAUUCGUCGUCGUCUUGUUUCUUAAUUAGCGCUACGAGGAGUGAAAUCCCUGCUGGACGAAACUCGACGUUCUUGCAAGCGGGGAAACGGAUAUCGCUCGGUGUUUGUGGGAACAGAAUAUCAAGGACUGGCAGCUUGCCAUCGAACCAGUGUGUAUGCAACAUGCAUUGUGAGCAAUAUUUCAGAUGAUUUGCUUAGCUAGAGUUUUUUUUUGUUGUUGUAUCUCGCACUCGUCCCUGUAACACGAGUCACAUCAGUUGUAAAUUAUUUUUUUGGAACGUACUUGAAUCCUACUCGCACCGUAUCUCUCUCCCAGUCGUGUCUAAGGAGAGGCUUCUUCCUCCUUUUUUUUUUUUAUUUUUUUUUUUAUUUUUAAUUUAAGCUGUCGUUUCUUGCAUUGUAUUUGCAUAUAAUGUGCCUCCACACGAAUGUUUAGUGGGUUUUUUUUAUUUUUUUUAAUUAUUUGGGACGGGUGCUGCUUGCUGCUGUCGGGUGUGCCUGUGCGCUCGCUUAAGGGAGAACGAUUUGUGUAAGAAGAAGACAAGUCUGUACACCACUUCUCCUGCUAUCCCACGCUCUUCCAUUUCCUUCUGCCAGGUUUCAGAGUUUAGGGUAGUAACGUGUUUGUAUGCUGCACAUCCUCGCUAGUUUUGCCCAGAUUCUGGAUCAGUGUUAUUAAAUUUGGGUAAAAGAUCAAGACGAAUAAAAAUGUAAAACUUGGUUUCUAAGAUUGUGGGGUAUUUUGUUUUGGUUUUAUUAUUUUUUUUAAUUUAUUCUUUUUUUUUUUUGUAUGUAAAAAAAUAAAAAAUCAAAAUGGAGGAAAUCACAUUAGCUUGGAAAAUGCUUUGAAGUGGCAAAGGGAGCCAUCUGCUGACCAGUUUCACUAAAAAGGGGUCACGUUUGUUUUUUUCUUCUUCUUUGAAAUCCUUGACGUUUUUACAGAUGUCAUCAAGACGUCUUUUUUUUUUUUUUUUUUUUUUUAAACCGGCCUCACGAGGCCGACGUGACGACUGACUACUAGCUGAUUUCAAAACAACAUCUUUUCCGUGCCUGUAAAGCAGCUUUUUUUCAUACUGAACAUACUUUCCUUGAUGGUGGUGAAUAAACAGUGAUUUAUCCUCAGAAGAUGAUCAAAAAUAAAUGAAAUGCUCAACAGAUGUCUUAAUAGUCGUUACAUUUGCAUCACUGUAGUGGAAAAAGUCUUAAAAGGGUAUAAACAUCUGUAUGGUUAUGUAGAGGGUUCAGCACUUCUACAGGUUAUCCAGUGCGUGGCUUCUGAAGAAGGACGCAGUGGGGAAUCCGGUUUGGUGUAAAAUCUGCUCUCACGUUCUCACAUCUUAGUCAAGCUUUAAUUCUGCAAGUAUUUUUUUUCUUUUGGAUCAAUGUUGCUGUCACUCAUCGUUGGUUUAAAUCCGCACGAAGAUUUUUAUCCAUAUUUCAUCACUACAGGUUUUUUUUUGUUUUUGGUUUGUUUGUUUAAUUUUUUCCUCUCAGUAUUUCUGUGAGAGAUUCUGUGCAACACUUUUGAUUUUCUGUUUCUUACCAAAUAAUGAUGGUGUAACUUGUACAGUACUGUAAUCCCCUUUCUGGUUCUGGUCAUAUUUAAAACAAAGAGAAAAAUCCUCAUGCAUUGAAUUUGAAGUCUGUGCUUAAAUAUGAAUGUUAAUGCAUUUGAAUGGUUUCGUUUAGUCAAGGGCUUUCGAUCAAGAGGGACCCAUCCUUAACUUUGUAUUUUUUUUUUUUUGUUCUUCCCGUCCCCCCCACUUUUUUUGCAGAAAGAUAAAUGUCUUAAAGGCUAUUUUUCCUGAGGAGUUAUAUGAAGUACCACAUUUAACCUUUCAAAUACAAUACAAUUUUUAUUCCCUCCACUCUUAAAGGGAAAAUCAAGUUUGCACCCUUUUUUAUGUAAAAUAAAGGAAAUUGUCUCAA